GCCUUCCUCUUCAUACAGGUGCGCCUCUUUUCUUCUAAGUCGUGCCCAGCCAGCCAAUCAAAAUAGAGUCCUUCAAGGUGAAAGUUGACUUUCUGAAGGUGCCCCUCGGCCUAAAGAAGCCGGCUCUGAAGGAGGCAGCGGCUGCCUUGGUGGCUGUCCCAGGGCCCGGGAGAUCCAAAUCCAUCAACGUGGAUCGCUACAAGGCUCGACGUUCUGACAACAUGGACAACGAAUCACAAUAUUCAGGGUAUUCCUACAAGUCGGGGCACUCACGCAGCUCCCGGAAGCCCAGAGAUCGGCGAGAGCGACACCGCUCCAAGAGUCGAGAUGGGAGCCGAGGGGACAAGUCCGUCACCAUCCAGGCUCCUGGGGAGCCCCUGCUGGACAACGAGUCAACCCGAGGUGACGAAAGGGAUGACAACUGGGGUGAGACGACCACAGUGGUGACCGGCACGUCAGAACACAGCAUUUCCCACGAUGACAUCACACGCAUCACCAAGGACAUGGAGGACAGUGCCCACCUGGACUGCUCCCGCCACCUGGGGGUCUCGCUGGCUGGGGCCCUGGCCCUCCUCUCCUUCCUGACCCCCAUCGCCUUCAUGCUGUUGCCCCAGCUGCUGUGGGGUGAGCAGCUGAGCCCUUGUGGGACCCCCUGUGAGGGCCUCUUCAUCUCGGUGGCCUUCAAGCUGCUGAUCCUCCUGCUGGGCAGCUGGGCCCUCUUCUUCCGGCGCCCCAAGGCCUUCCUCCCGCGCAUUUUUGUCUUCCGCGCCUUGCUCAUGGUGCUGGUCUUCCUCCUGGUGGCCUCCUACUGGCUCUUCUAUGGCGUCCGCAUCCUGGACUCCCGUGACACCAACUACCAGGGCAUCGUCCAGUACGCCGUCUCGCUUGUGGACGCCCUGCUUUUUGUCCACUACCUGGCUGUGGUGUUGCUCGAGCUGCGGCAGCUGCAGCCGCAUUUCACCCUCAAGGUGGUGCGCUCCACUGACGGGGCCAGCCGGUUUUACAACGUGGGGCACCUCAGCAUCCAGAGAGUUGCCGUGUGGAUCCUGGAGAAUUACUAUCACGAUUUCCCUGUCUACAACCCGGCCCUCCUCAACCUGCCCAAGUCGGUUCUGUCUAAGAAAAUGUCUGGCUUCAAGGUCUACUCACUUGGCGAGGAGAACACAACGAACAACUCAACCAGCCAAUCGCGGGCUGUUAUUGCUGCAGCUGCCCGGAGGCGGGACAACAGCCACAACGAAUACUACUAUGAGGAAGCAGAACAUGAGCGGCGAGUGCGCAAGCGGCGAGCUAGGUUGGUGGUGGCUGUGGAAGAGGCCUUCACGCAUAUUAAAAGGCUUCAGGAGGAGGACCAGAAAAAUCCGCGGGAGAUCAUGGACCCCCGGGAGGCCGCCCAGGCCAUCUUUGCCUCCAUGGCCCGGGCCAUGCAGAAGUACCUGCGUACCACCAAGCAGCAGCCAUACCACACAAUGGAGAGCAUCCUUCAGCAUCUGGAGUUCUGCAUCACCCAUGACAUGACGCCCAAGGCGUUCCUCGAGCGCUACUUGACCGCGGGGCCCACCAUUCAGUACCACAAAGACCGCUGGCUGGCCAAGCAGUGGACUCUGGUCAGCGAAGAGCCAGUGACCAACGGGCUGAAGGACGGGGUGGUCUUUGUCCUGAAGCGCCAUGACUUCAGCCUCGUGGUCAGCACCAAAAAGAUCCCCUUUUUUAAGCUCUCGGAGGAGUUUGUGGACCCCAAAUCGCACAAGUUUGUGAUGCGGCUGCAGUCGGAGACCUCGGUGUGACCUACAGCUGAGCUGAAGGGCUUGAAUGCCAGGAAUGCAGCUCUCUGCGAGGAGGGGGCAACCACCUGGCACCGGCCUGCGUCUCCCGGGUUUGAGAGAGGUUCCCAGGGUCAGCGGAAGGCCCUCCAUGGCGUCUGCGUCAUCUUCUCCACACCUAUGGAUGCCAGAGCUUGACCGCUCCUUCUCCCCCUCUCCUCCCCAAGUCCUUCGCGCCCCCAACCGAGGGGAAGGGCAGGGGCCCUUCCUUCCUUACCCCUCCCCAUUCCCACCCCCAUCCCAUCCUUUGUAGCCAGCCCCCAGGAACUGAGAAGGUAUGUGGGUGAUAAGGACAGCAUUAUCUCUCCUUCCCCCCCACCCCCCUGCCGGUGAAAUUGCUGGAAGUUACUGUGCCAAAUUCUAAGGGCUAACUGUUGGCGGUCUUCACCAGCAUCUGCAGACACAGUUGGGCUAAGGAACUUUCGUGAAUGUCAUUUUUUUAAAAAAAACUACACGCAGGCACGUGCACACACCCGCACACACCCCCACACACGUCGCCUGAUGCUGUUGUCAGCUCCCUCCGUCCCUGAGGUCCAACUGCACAAGGCUUGGUGGAGCAUCCUAGGAGGGCCUGGUGGUCCAAGGGGAGGCCGGCCACCGCCUGCAGCCAUCGAUCCGGUCUCUCGGGGUCUUUGGCUGGCUUGAGUUCCAACAGGUCAAACACACAAAAAAAGCUGGAAGGGUGUUGGGGUGGGCGUUUUUAAGAAGAUUACGUCUUUUUUUUUUUAAGAUACCGAUCUCUGUACUUUUUAGAGAAAUCCUGUGUGUUGUAAAUAGUUUCUUCUGAAUCACUCGCUUGGCCACAAGGUUGGGACUAUUCGCUCGCUGCUCUGUGGUUGGACCCUGCUUUAGCGUGAAGGGGGGGAUUUAGGGGGGAGGUGAGCAAAGUAGCCCUUUCUUGCAUUUGAGUCAACAGGAAGCUCUUUUGCACGUGCAAAACCUGGGUCUUGCUGUUCCUUUUAGACGGUUUCUGUGGGAGACUCUGCAUCCUUGCUCCCCCCCAACUUUCAGAGGCCCCCAGUACGAAGCAGCUUGCAGAGGGCUUUCCUGUCCUGCCCCCCCACCCCACCCCACCCCACGGCUUUGGAAAACUGAACAAAAUUGCUGGUUGGCUGAGGACCAGUCACUCACCCGUGGAGAGAUGAGGUCACUCUGAGCUGUCUUUUUUGCUGUUCAUUUUUCAGGAAAUUAUUUUUUUUGUCACGAGAAGACCUCAGUUUUUCUGCUGGGGUUUUUUUUCUACAGCUGUUUCAUUUUUACCUAAUGUGGGGUUUUUUGGUUUCAAUGAUGACCUCUCCAAAAGAAAAUUUGGUAGAGGUUGGGCUGUGCCAACAUACGGUGCUCAGCUGGUGUUGGGGCUGCUGGGGGUCCAUUCCUUGUGGGGGGUCUUGUGUUGGAGGGUGAAGAGUGGGGAGGGGGCGCCUCCAGUUAUAUCACUGUGAUUCAAGUUUCUAAAAUAAUUUUAACGUUUAAUACUUGGGGCAGGACCCAGCCACAGUAAGGGAACUUCUGAAAAGCCAGCGGUGUCAUUUGGCUUUGCAUUGAAAAGCAGUAUAAGACCCCUGACCACUUCAGCAGAUAUUCCAGUUUAAAUCUUGGCACGCUUGGUGGACUUCACUUCGCCUGGAUUGCGGCCCUUGGGGUCUGCUUAAAGGGUGAUGCCUUUUAAAAGUAAAUAAAUCCUGAAAUUAGGGCUUGUGUUAUAUUUAUAUAUUUAUAUGGGGGUUGUGAGCUUCGUUUUCCUCAUUCCUGCCGCGACAUUCCCUGAAGUGAGCCGCAGACGGAGGCUGGCAUGGGCUCCUUUGCAGUUAGGUUCCCAGGAGACGUCCUACAACUCUGCUAAAAGCUCAAAAUCCUUGUUGGUCAUUUCUCAGAGGCUGGCCUUGGUGGUCUGUCUUUCCUCUGGCUGGCAGCUUUUUCUAAGCAGGUGCCCACCAGGUGGGUUGGGUUCAACCCUUGAGGCCUUAAACAGCACCACCAGUGUUGGUUCUGUCUGUGACCUAAACCCACUCCAGCUGCUCCUGAAUCCAGAACGGCAUUUCUCAGCCUCCGCAAGUUUAAGAAGUGUGGACUGGGGAAUUCUGGGAGUUGAAGUCCACACAUCUUAAACUCGCGGAGGUUGAGAAACAUUGAUCCAGAAGCAGACUUUAGGGUGUUAGAAGCAAUUCACAGUCAGAGCUUUGAUCCACAGAAGUGGGAUCAGUUUCUUAGGGAGGCUCUUAAUGUGAGUCCACCAGUGAUCCAUUCUUCAUCUUGGAUGGUGACAUCUCCUGUUGGUCGUUUACAGUAAUUUUUUGGUGGCUGACCAUUAUAGGAUAAAAGCUGAUUAUAAGAUAAAAGUUCUCCCAAUCAGUUGCACAUUGCUUUGGAAGAAUACAAGUAGAAACUUUCUAAUCUUUUGAGCGGGGGGGAGAAGGGAAUCUUCCUGUUGUGUUUGUUGCCCACUUUUGAUCCUCUUAAAUUUGAAAGCACAGCCAGACCUGGUCUCUGUAACUUCACUGUCAUUUCAUAUCAUUGCAAGACUUGGUUGUUUAGCAGGAGAAAAGGGUGAGAGUGACCACCCUCCCCUAUCAGACUGGAAGUAUUAAAAUAUAGGCCGCCUUUCUCCUUAGCUCAAAUGCGUACACGCACACUGAAUUUAGGAAACCAUUUUCUGAUUUUUUUUUUUUAAAAGACAGCUGAGAAACCUUGUGCAUGCAUGUAGAAAAUUGUAAAAUGUAAAUUUUUUUAAUAUAUAAAAGUUUGUUUUUACAGUUUGCAGUGGUACUAAGCAUUACAGCAAUGUUAGUAAAGGGUUUUUUUCAUAAAUAUAGGAAGUAAAAUUGUACAUUUUUUUCUAAAAAAUAAACAUCUUUUGGAGC